GCCCAAUCGGGCGGUGAAGCCUCUGAUUGGUGAACGCGGAGCACAGCCCGCAGCAAAGGAACCGACGAAGAACGAACCAGUGGGGUAACUGGUGUAAAAUGGCGCUGUCUCAAGGAACAAAGAAAAAAGUUUGCUAUUACUACGACGGUGAUGUGGGAAACUACUACUAUGGCCAAGGUCACCCCAUGAAGCCCCACAGGAUUCGCAUGACACACAACCUCCUCCUAAACUACGGACUGUACAGGAAAAUGGAAAUCUAUCGACCACACAAGGCCAGCGCCGAGGAGAUGACAAAGUACCACAGCGACGACUACAUUAAGUUCCUGAGGUCCAUUCGCCCAGACAACAUGUCUGAGUACAGCAAACAGAUGCAGAGAUUUAAUGUCGGGGAGGACUGUCCGGUGUUCGACGGUUUGUUUGAGUUCUGCCAGCUCUCAACAGGCGGUUCUGUGGCGGGAGCCGUGAAGCUGAACAAGCAGCAGACGGACAUCGCCAUCAACUGGGCUGGUGGACUCCAUCACGCCAAGAAGUCCGAGGCGUCUGGUUUCUGCUACGUCAACGACAUCGUCCUGGCCAUCCUGGAACUGCUCAAAUAUCAUCAGAGAGUGUUAUACAUAGACAUCGACAUCCACCACGGUGAUGGAGUGGAGGAGGCUUUUUACACCACAGACAGGGUCAUGACCGUCUCGUUCCAUAAGUAUGGAGAGUACUUCCCUGGUACUGGAGACCUGAGGGACAUUGGAGCAGGAAAGGGGAAGUACUAUGCUGUAAACUACCCACUUCGGGAUGGCAUUGAUGACGAGUCGUAUGAAGCCAUCUUCAAGCCUAUCAUGGCUAAAGUGAUGGAGAUGUACCAGCCUAGUGCGGUGGUUCUGCAGUGUGGCGCAGACUCCCUCUCAGGUGACCGUCUGGGCUGCUUCAACGUCACCAUCAAAGGCCACGCAAAGUGUGUCGAGUACAUUAAAGGUUUCAACCUCCCUCUGCUGAUGCUCGGUGGAGGAGGAUACACCAUUCGCAACGUGGCCCGCUGCUGGACCUACGAAACUGCUGUCGCCCUGGACUCCUCCAUCCCCAACGAGCUGCCCUACAACGAUUACUUUGAGUACUUUGGGCCCGACUUUAAGUUGCACAUCAGCCCGUCCAACAUGACCAACCAGAACACCACUGAGUACCUGGAGAAAAUCAAACAGCGUCUGUUUGAAAACCUUCGCAUGCUCCCACAUGCACCUGGUGUGCAGAUGCAAGCCAUCCCUGAGGAUGCGCCUCACCCAGACAGCGGAGAUGAGGAUGAGGAGGACCCCGACAAGCGAAUCUCCAUUCGGGCACAUGACAAGAGGAUAGCCUGCGAGGAGGAAUUUUCAGACUCUGAGGAUGAAGCAGAGGGUCAGGGGGGAGGUCGCAGGAAUGCAGCCAACCACAAAAAGGUCAAAAGAGUGAAAAAGGAAGAAGAGAAAGAAGGAGAGGAGAAGAAAGAAGUGAAAGAGGAAGACAAAGAAGAAGAGAAGAUGGAUACAUCAGGACCAAAAGAGGAGAUGAAGACAUCUUGAGUCUGGUGCAUAAGUAGAUGUUCUGUUGUCCUUCUGCCUCCAUCGUCCUCCAAGACUUUUCUUUUGUUGUGUUUACAUGCAAACCUGACGUACUCCCGUUUCCAACUCACACUCAGCAUCAAGUGAUGUCAUCUGAUCAUUGAUUCAGCAGUUACCUUUAGAAUGUCUCACCUGUUAGAUCAAUCCCACCUGGCACUUCAUCGCUGUGAGCGGACGUGUGACUCAGGUGUGCUGUCAUCAGAAACAAUCCCAGUUAUUCCUGAUUUAAAGCUGCAGGUUAAAUACCUGCUGGAGCACCAGUGGUCUCCAACGCAGCCUUGGGUUCAUGCAUGCUUAGCGGUGAGGCCUUUAGCAUGUACAUAUUCUUACCAACAGCCCUGCUCUGCUCCUUAAGUUAUUCUGAACAGCAGCCCCCAACUGUAACAUCUGGUCUUUUUCCUCAUCUUGUGUUUCGGUAUGAACGUGUGAACCUCUUCAGAGGUUAAUGGUGAGUAAAUGACUUAUUUUAGAUAUUUUUUUACCAUCAUAAGUGGAGUUAGCCACUGGCUGUUUGCAGUUGUACUCUUGUGAAAUGUGCAUUAUCAUCUUUGUUAUAAAAAUAAAGAAAAAUGACCCA